AUGCUGUUGACCUCUUUGGUAAUAGGUGAUGAUCACCUGAGGUCAGCUAGACGAGAUGCUGUUGACCUCUUUGACAAAUGUCAACAGAACUCUAACAAUGUAAAUAAGCUGGGCUGGGCUGCAUGGAAGAUAAAUCAUUUCUUACGUGGCAUUGGAACAUUUUAUCCAAUCAUUCAAUUUCGUACAUAUUUCGGUCUUUCUGGCAUCACGUCACGUUAUGCUACACUGCAUCACGUCACGUUACGCUACACUGCAUCACGUCACGUUACGCUACACUGCAUCACGUCACGUUACGCUACACUGCAUUACGUCAUGUUACGCUACACUGCAUCAUGUCACGUUACGCUACACUGCAUCAAACGAUCACGUCAUGUCAUGACAGCAUAUCACACUACACAUACGGCUGGGGACAUGCUUGCUAUUACUAUAUUCCCAAAUGCAUAA